ACACAGAUAUUAUUCACUCCCUCACUCUCUCACUUUCUCUCACACACACUCGCACAGGCUAUUCUCACACACACUCGCACAGGCUAUUCUCCAACAGAUCGCACAAAGGACUCUCUAUCCUUCUCUCUCUCACACACACACAAGCGUGCGCAGGGAUCACUCUAUCAACAGGCUACACUUGCAGCAUGCGUCUGACACUCGUAUCCGUGAGCGUCCUGCUCCCCCUUUCACUCAUCCUGCUCCUGGACAAAGCUCCAGGUGUGAGCAGUACAUAUGUGCCCGUGCGGUGCCAGUGCCCUAAGGUCAUCAAGCAGACGAGAGGACGGCCACUGGACUUCAGCGUCAGCCCAAAAAAUGCCCACUGCCACACGGACGAGAUCAUGGUGAAGGUGCGAGGCCAUGACGCGCUGGUGUGUCUGAGCCCAUCUGGCAGGCAAGGCAAACACCUGCUGAGAUGCUGGAGAAGAAAGGUGAUCAGCCAAGGCAAGGACAGGAAGCAGUGCCUGAGAACCCGUAAGAACCGAAAGAACCCGCAGGGCCAACGGAAGCAGCGGAGGACAAAAAAGACCACGUCUUAGAACCCUAAGACCCUGCUGGAGUCGAGUCGAGUCGAGGGAACUCGGAACUGUCCAAUUGCAAGGCCUGACUCUCAUGACUCCCCCCCCCAGCCCUGGCAUUAAAGUGGUAGCAACUAUGAUGACCUGUCAUGCAGGUAUGGGAGUUGGGCACAUACCACUGAGGACUCUGAAGGAGGGGUGUAGCCAGAGAGGCGCAAACGUUGGAACAUUUCCGCGUUCUGUUUUUGCAAAGGGGAGGGGGGCGAAAUCCCCCUUUAAGUAGACCUAGAUACAUUCGAACUGAACUGCUUGCCAAUCUGACAGAGAUCGAUAUCCCACUAUGACGACUUUGCGACAUGCCUCUUUAAGCAGACAGGAACUGUUCGAAUUUUGCUUCCAUAGAGAUGCAUUAUGUUGCUCUAUCUUGUCAGUAAUGAAGGAUCUUUGGUGUAGCCCCAGAUGUGCCCCCUAAAUGAGGAAGGAAGCUGGGUCUCUCUCCCCUCAACACCCCUGCUCCCCGUCAGAAGAAAGCUGGGUCUUUCUCCCUUCAACACCCCUGCUCCCCGUCAGAAUGGGCCGAUGAAGCUUAAAGCCUCCCUCAAACCUUGCAGACAGAAAGCGCUGCCUGGGGACCUCAAAGAACAGCAGGAGACGACGGAACCGACAGCACUGGAGGAGACAGACGCCACAACAGCAAUACACACACACACACACACACACACACACACACACACACACACACACACACACACACACUGCUCCGACCAGCUGAAAUCGCAAAGACUUGUUGUAGCCAGCUGCAUGGUGUGAGUGUGUGUCUUGGUCUCUCACACACACUUUAACUUUCUCAGACAUACAGUAUACUCUCACAUAUUUCCAAACACAAUAGGAUGAGAAUCCUGUUUACAGAGACACACAGCACUAAAAAGUGUGUCAUGUAUAUGGGUGUGUCUGUGCACCUGCUUGUAUAUGUGUGUGUGUGUGUGUGUGUGUGUGUGUGCAUGCGAAAUAGGGUGAGUCAUUGCCUGGCCUUUUAGACAUUCCAAACUGUUGUCACUGAAUCAUACAACUUGUUACAGCAAGAACCCACUGCCCUUUAUACGACUGCUAUUCAGAAGAUGAGCAGCGCGCACACACACACACACACACCCACACACACACACACACA